CCUCAGCGUCUGUUGUCGUUUCUCCAUCUUUUCACCCUCCCACGAUGGCAAACCCCCCUAGACGAAUACCCCCAACAAAUUCCUCUCAAUACUACGCUGUUCCGCAGAGUCCACCCAGCCGUGGCGGAUCGAGCUCAUACAACCAGCAGCCGCUUCCAGCCUCCUCUCACCCAGUGCGCUCGUCAUCAACAAACAGCCAACCCCCACGCAUGCAGCAAGGGCGAGCUGGAGAUGUAGCGCAGGGUGUCGCCUCGGGGUCGAUUGGCGCUGGUUAUGGGCCAUAUGCGUAUAACCCAUCAACGAGAGAUAAUGGAAUGUACACAGCGUCACGUUUUAGCGCUGCGCCAUCAGACAUAUCCUCCGGGACCACAGGCGAGAAGCCUGCCCCUAUGAUCUCAUCCUCGACCGUCCCUCCAUACCUAUGGGACACUAAGGAUCCUGACCUUGAUGAUGCACUCCACAAUCCCGACCCUAUUCGCGACGCAAAGCUUGAUCGGUCAUUCACGUUACUUUCGGCUCGAGGUUGGGCGAAUGUCGGCGUGCUUGUCAUCCUCGUUGCAGGGCUCAUUACGCUCUUCGCUGGAUACCCAAUCAUCGUUGUUUACAACCGAACAGAACUGCAGACGAUUGGCCAGAACUUUGGAGGUACCAACGGCACAGGGCAGAUCCCGAAUUUCCCUAAUCUUCCGCAGCUCAUCGAUCCACAAACGGAUCAAUCUUUCUAUACCAAGACUGGGAGUGACGGGAAGACAUACAAUUUGGUGUUUAGCGACGAAUUCAACAUUGAUGGGCGAACCUUUUGGCCGGGAGAUGACCCUUUCUGGGAAGCCGUGAAUUUCAACUACUGGCCUACGGGCGAUCUAGAGUGGUAUGAUCCUCAGGCUAUCACAACCAAGGACGGAAAGCUUGUGAUCACCAUGACUGAACAGAACACGCACGAUUUGAACUUCCAGAGUGGCAUGCUGCAAUCAUGGAAUAAAUUUUGUUUCACAACCGGCAUCGUGGAGGUUUCCGUCAGUCUGCCUGGGAGUCCUCAGACCCCUGGAUUCUGGCCGGGCGCGUGGACCAUGGGCAACCUGGGUCGCGCAGGCUACGGUGCAACCACAGAAGGAAUGUGGCCGUACAGUUACGUUGAUUGUGACGUUGGCACCUUCCCCAAUCAAACGAACAAGGACGGUCAAACACCUCAGGCAGCCCUUACUGGUUCCCCUUCCGAUGGUGAACUAUCUUUUCUCCCUGGUCAACGUGUCUCUGCCUGUACAUGCCCGGGCUCCGACCACCCGGGUCCCAGUACAAGCACUGGCCGCAACGUACCUGAGAUCGAUAUCAUCGAGGCUCAAGUCGAUGUUUCCGUCUUUCAAGGGCAGGUUUCCCAGUCGCUUCAAGUCGCUCCUUUCAACUAUAAGUACCAGUUCAACAACGCUUCUUCCGUUACCCCAAUCCAGAAUUCUUCCAUCACCAGUUUCAAUUCUUACAAGGGCGGCCAGUUCCAGCAGGCGGUUUCGGCAGUAACAUACAUCGACUCACAGAAUUACAACGACAACGGAUAUGCGCCAUACUCUUUCGAGUGGUGGUCGGACCCCAGCCAUCGGGACCAGGGAUACAUUGCUUGGACAAGUAACGGGCAAGAAACUUGGCGAGCUACCGCCGCCACCAUCGCUGGGGACUCAGAAACUCAAAUUAGCAAAAGGGUCAUUCCUGAAGAACCCAUGUACAUCAUUCUCAAUUUGGGGAUGUCCCCGUCCUUCCAGCAUCAAGAUUUCAAGCAUAUGGUGUUCCCGGCCCACAUGUACAUUGACUAUGUACGCGUUUAUCAGCGAGCCGACGUGAAGAACGGUGUUGGGUGUGAUCCGUCAAGUCACCCUACUGCUGAUUAUAUCCAAAACCACCUCAACGCAUAUAGCAACCCCAAUUUGACGACAUGGGCCCAGGCGGGAUACUCAUUCCCUCGGAACUCUGAAUACGAUGGGUGCUAAUGGCCUUUGAUGACCACCGCACGCAGACCGCGGUGUACAGUUUAAUUGUGUAUCUCCUACCUAUCCUGCCCUUGAGCUGAAGCGAAGGCAAGAGCUCACUGCGCGUACGAUCUUCUAUCAUCUUCCACAGCGCACAGAACUAUUUAACGACGCGCGAUGAUCUCGUAUCUACCUAUCUGUUACCCUUCCUAUUGAUGGACUUUCUGAUACGCAUCGCUACGUCCGCUGCCUUUUGACCGUACCCUACCAUUUCUGCGAUGAUUUUGGGACUUCCCUUCAUGUUGUUCGGUUUUCCGUUCAUAAUGACUGUGAUAAAUGCUGUCGCGUUGGAUUCCUUUUUUAUGUAGAUCACUACCAUGCACUCAGUAUAGUCCCUGUUUUGCUAUCCUUGAUGCAUUGAUGACUCGCUCUGGGUUGAAACGUUGAACGUUGAGAUUUACCUAUAGAGCCUUCUC